AUGCUCAGCCUGCGGACAUCACCCCGGCGCAUCCUCUCCCUCAUUCCCCGCUCACCACCAGCCACCACCACACCAAUAACCCAUCAGCAGCGCCGGCACAAAUCUGGGCCGUACGGCUAUACGCAAGCGAAAGCGCUCGUAUUCUCCACCUUCGGCGAGCCGCGCGACGUACUUCGACUACACACGCACUCGAUCUCGCCAUCUCUCCCUCCAGGAGUGGCCGUGAUCCGCGCGCUGGCGGCGCCCGUCAACCCGGCCGACGUCAACACGGUGCAGGGCACGUAUGGGUCCAAGCCGGAUUUUUCGCGCGGGCAGCUGGCGCUGGGCACAGCGGAGCCGGCGGCGGUGCCGGGCAACGAGGGGUGCUUCGAGGUUGUCUCUGUAUCUAGUGGUGUCAAGUUGCGCCGCGGCGACUGGGUGAUCCCUGCGGGCAGCGGGUUCGGCACGUUCCGCACGCACGCGCUGGUCGAGAAUGCGGAUGCCGCGCUGUUGCGGGUCGGCGGCGACAAAGGGCACGAGGGGCUCACGGCGGCGCAGGUGGCCACGGUGAGCGUCAACCCGUGCAGCGCGUGGCGCAUGCUGCGCGACUACGUGGACCUGAUCGGGCUGUCGGUGGCGAGCUUCUCGCGGGGCGAGGACGGCGGCGGGGCAUGGUUCAUCCAGAACGGCGCCAACAGCGGGGUGGGGCGGGCGGCGGUGCAGCUGGGGCGGCUGUGGGGGCUGCGCAGCAUCAACGUGGUGCGGGAGCGAUCAACGGCCGAGGAGACGGCGGCGCUCAAGGCAGAGCUUGCGGCGCUGGGGGCGACGGUGGUGGUGACCGAGGCCGAGUUCCUAGACCGGGCGUUUGGGGCGCGACUGCGCGACGAGUGGACGCGGGGCGGCCGCGACCCCGUCAUGCUGGGGCUCAACUGCGUGGGCGGCAAGUCGGCGGCGGCGGUGGUGCGCAGCCUCAGCGCGCGCGGUACCAUGGUGACGUACGGCGGCAUGUCGCGGCAGAGCUUCCCGUUCCCGGCGGGCCCGCAGAUCUUCAAGCGCCUGCGCUUCGAGGGCUUCUGGCUGAGCGAGUGGAACCGCGAGAACACCGCUGAGAAGCGCAAGACGGUCGACGCCAUCAUCGAGCUCAUGCGCGACGGCAAGUUCCAGAUGGCCCCCGUCCAGGAAGUCCGCUGGGACUGGGACACGGAGGAGCAGGUCCUCAAGGAUGCCGUCCAGGGCACUCUCGAGGGCUUCCGCAGCGGCAAGGGCCUGUUUACGUUUGGCGAUACAUAG